UUUAAAUCAGCUGUUGUUCUGUAAUGGAGAUUUUUUCUGUUUGAUGUAGUUGUAGUAGGAACUAGAUUAAUAAUGUUCCUUAAUUUUUGUAUAAUAAUGAUUGUAUAGGAAAACUGUAUUUUAUAACAAAAAUUUUAGUUAGAAACAUGGAAGUGAAAAAUUUAUUGUAUGCAGUAGCUAAAGGUGUCUAUGAUAGUUUUAGAGGAAUGUAUGCUGUUUUAUAUCUAGACAAAGAAAUUAAUGAACGCAAAAUUACUAGGCAAUCCCCAAAUAGAAUAAAUUCUGUUGUAAGGCAAAAAUCCAUAAAUAAUAAAGAUAGCACACCAAUAAGGCAACUAAAGAAAGAUGAAGAAUCGAAAGUAAUGAAGAGAAUUGUACAUUGUGGGAUAUUGAACGGAGGAAUUUUUUUAUUCAGUAUACUUUUAUUCGAAUAUGGACUACUUCCUUCCAUAAAUAGUUUAUUAAGAAUCAUAUUUGGAGCUGAAUCCAUUAUGGGAAAAUUGGUGUGGUCUUGGAUAGAACCGACUUUAUCUUUUAUAUUCAAGACUGUGUGGGUCAUACCAUUAUUUUUAUUGAGUAAAGUAGUAAAUGCUCUAUGGUUUCAGGAUAUAGCCGAUUCAGCUUACAGACAUAGCAGAGGAAGACCGGUAUUUUCGCAGAGCAUUAGUAAAGUGUUGGCCGAUUCGAUUUUCAGUAUACUCGUCCAAUUUUUAUUUUUAAUACAAGCUACGGCUGUGAGCUACAUACCUAUAUAUGUAGUUGGAUAUACUUUAUCGAUGGUACAGAUGUGCAUGUUAUAUUCUCUAUACGCAUUUGAAUAUAAAUGGUUCAAUAUGGGUUGGGAAUUACAUACAAGAUUAUCCUUCAUCGAAAAGCAUUGGCCAUAUUUUAUAGGAUUCGGUUUACCGAUGGCGGUUUUUACACAACUAUCUGAUUCUUGGGUAAUAAGUGGAUGUGUGUUUUCACUACUGUUUCCAUUUUUCAUAAUAAGCGGAAACGAAGCUAGUCCGGUUCUUAAUUCAAGUGAUUACCCUCUGCACUUCUUCGCUCCUGUGAUCGGUAUAUCGAAUACGUUAUUUACCAAAACCAUAGGAGGUACACCUAAAAAAUGAGAUGAUCGUGGUGGCUCAAUUUUAUUGUACAUAACAAAUUUAAGGGUAUAUUGUGUACAUUAUUAUACAUUGUUUUUAAUUAACAUGACGAGCUGAGGCUCCCUUUAUAUUUUCUUUAUUAUGACUUGAUAUGUUUGUUAAUAAAGUUUUUUUAUAUAAA